AUGAUUUCCAAAUCGCCAUACGACGAUAUCAACAUCCCAAAAUGCAAUAUUCUAUCAUAUUUAUUCCCGACAGGGAAGGAUCCUUCUUUGACACCACUCUGGAUUGAUGCCAAGUUCCCCAGAAAUAGCUUAUCGCCAGCUGAUCUGUUGCUCUGGGUGAAGAAGUUUGCUCUGGGACUGGACAACCUGGGAAUUGGGGAGAAUACUGCCAUUAUGGAGUUCACCCCCAACCACCUCUAUGUACCGGUGAUAUAUCUCGGAGCCGCGGGUUCUAAAAGAUAUUACACUGGUGCUAACUCAGCAUACACCGCUGACGAACUUGCUUAUCAGAUGUUGAUCGUUAAGCCCGCGGUGAUCCUGGUCCACCCGAGCCUCUUUAAAACUGCAAUGGCCGCAGCUAAAAAACUUGGAGUACCAAAGGCGAGGACGUUUCUUUUCUCGGCAUAUACCUGUGCUGAGCAAGACGGUGUUCGAGACUGGAGAACACUCCUUGCUUCAAACCAGGACGCUGCUUCCUGGGAUUGGGAUGAGCUCGGCAAUCAGGCUGAGAUACAGAUAGCAACUAUUAAUUUCUCCAGUGGAACAACAGGAUUACCCAAGGGGGUGUGCACCAGCCACUAUAACCUCGUAUCAAAUGCAUCUCAAGUACUUCGUGGGAUGUUCGAUACGGCGCCAGAAACACAGAUCGGAGAUAAUGAAAAGUGGCUUGCUGGUCUGCCUCUCUAUCAUGCUUUCUCUCAACUAUACACUAUUAAUAUCGCUUGCCGGCUGGGGAUUCCCGUCUACAUCCUGGAAAAGUUCGCCCUUACUACGUUUCUUGAAUACAUCCAGAAAUUCAAGAUCACUACGAUACAAACGGUGUCCCCCGUAAUGGCCUUGAUUGCUAGCACCCCCGAUACUAUGAAGUUCGAUUUAAGUAGCCUGAAAAAUGUCAUGGUGGGCGCAGCUCCGAUAUCGCUAGAACUACAGUCCGACCUAAUAAAGCGAUUUGGGUUUUGCAUCUCCCGCGGCUGGGGGACGACGGAAACUACUUGUGUCGGCACAAAGCUACCUAUCAACAGGAUCUACAAUCAUAACAGUAUAGGUUACCUACUUCCAAAUACACAAGCCAUGAUCGUGGAUGAGAGGGCCCAGGAGAUUGAAACAGGCCCCGGAGAGCUUUGGAUACGUGGCCCUCAGAUGAUGCUGGGCUACUGGAAAAAUAGAAAGGCAACGAAUGACAGUUAUGCUGCUGGGGGUUGGCUCAAAACUGGCGAUAUAGUUAUUGUCAAGGACGACCUAUGGUGGAUCGUGGAUCGGAAGAAAGAGCUGAUCAAGGUCAAUGGGUCGCAAGUGGCACCCGCAGAGCUUGAAGCCGUCCUACUUCAGCACGACCUAAUUGUGGAUGCGGCUGUAGUGGGACUGUCGGUUGAUGGAAAUGAAUAUCCUCGAGGCUAUGUUGUGGCGCAUCCUGAUGCCCUCGGCCAAGGUUUGACAGAGGAGGAUAUCUUGAGUUAUGUGGCCCAAAAGGUGGCUAAACACAAGCAAUUGAGAGGCGGAAUACAGUUCAAGGAAGCAAUUCCGAGGCUUCUAAGUGGCAAAAUCAUGCGAAGGGUUGUUAAAGAAUGGCAAAAGAAGAUGCACGACUUAUCCAACAGCAGCGUAGUCGGCUCUAGUUUGGUUCUUAAUUUCAGAGUAAGACGAAAGUCAAGAGAGAAUAAAGUUGGAUUCGCAUUCAAUUUGAGGCACAGAAAAGUGAUGAAACACUGA